AUGGCGUGUGGGAGACGGAGCAGAGGCAGCAAGAGGCAAGUGAUGUUAUUUAUUCUGUGCUUUUGCGUAUGUCAGAGCGUGGCCGAAACUCUCCGCUAUUCUCUGGCGGAAGAAAUGGAGAGGGACUCCUUUGUCGCCAAUAUUGCAAAGGACUUGGGGGUUGCUCUGAGCCAGCUCGCAGCUCGCAAGGCUCGCGUUGUGUCCGAGGGGAACGAGCAGCUUUUCCACCUCAAUCAAAACACCGGAGUCCUGACAGCAAAGGAGUCACUGGAUCGAGAGAAGAUCUGUCCGCAGAGCGAUACCUGCACACUCUUCUUUAAGAUAUUCUUUGAAAAUCCGUUGCAGCUGAUCCGAGGGGAGGUGGAGGUUCGUGACGUGAACGACAACUCCCCGGUGUUCCCGGAGAAGGAGAUGGUUUUAGAGAUUCCCGAAACGACAUCUCCCGGGUCCCGUUUCCCUCUGGAAAGCGCCCUGGACAAGGACGUGGGCAGCAACGGCUUGCAGAACUACAGCCUCGGGUCCAAUUCGCAUUUCUCUCUUGCUUUCGGAACAGGGAAAGGUGGAGCAAAAUACGCGGAGCUCGUCCUAGAGCGGCAGCUGGACCACGAAAUGCAGCGAGAGCUGAAUUUACUCCUCACCGCCACCGACGGGGGCUCGCCACCCAGGUCGGGCACGGCUCAGGUUCGGAUCGUGGUGGUGGAUGCUAAUGACAACAUCCCAGUCUUCGAUCAGGAGGUCUAUGAGGUGCGCCUGGCCGAGAACAGCCCCCCAGAGCAACUGGUGGUCCGAGUCGCGGCCGCGGAUUCCGACGAAGGGUCCUACGGAAAAGUGCGGUACGCCUUCACCCAGACACUGGAGCGGUCCCGGCAGCUCUUCGAGCUGAACCCUGCCACUGGGGAAAUACGGCUCACGGGCAACCUGGACUUCGAGGAAGCAGAAAACCACGAAAUGGUGGUGAGAGCCACCGACGGUGGGGGGCUGUCUGCACAUUGCAAAGUGCAAGUGGAGGUCCUGGACGUGAAUGACAACGCCCCGGAGAUAGCACUCACUUCCCUCACCGCCUCCAUUACGGAGGACGCCCAGCCCCGGACUGUGGUGGCCCUGUUCAGUGUGCGGGACCGGGACUCCGGUGACAAUGGCAGGACGGAGUGCUCGAUCGACGGGAACUUGCCCUUCGGUCUCAUCCCCACUUUCGAUAAUUACUACGAGCUGAGGACAAACGCGGCGCUGGACAGGGAGAGGACAGCGGAGUAUAACAUCACCAUCACAGCCAUG